AUGUACGUGGCUAACAGAGUUGCACGCAUAAGAAAAACCACAGAACCUAGUCAAUGGCAUUACGUCUGUUCUGAACAGAACCCAGCAGAUCAUGCCACCAGGUUUGUGGCAGCAGGUCACUUACCCCUUACCAACUGGUUUUCAGGUCCAGAGUUUCUUAGGGAAUGUGGCCCUAUAGAAGGUAGUUUAGGAGAGUCAUAUGGACUUGUCAAAGCAGAAGAGGAUGUUGAAAUUUGCCCCCAAGUGAAAACACUGGCAACUAACGUCAAAGAGCACUUACUAGGCUCAAGCAGAUUUGAACGUUUCUCAAGGUGGAGAUCUUUGGUGAGAGCUGUCGCUACUCUGACGCACAUCGCAAAAUCAUUCUCACAAUCUUUUCCUGACACACACUGUCGGAAAUGGCAUCUGUGUACUAAAACUUCAGGUGUGGAGAUAUCACAAGCCAAGUUGACUAUAGUCAAAACCGCACAACGAGAAGUGUACCAGGAGGAAUUUGAGAGUUUGACUAAGUUUGGUAAAGUCUCACAGCGUAGCACACUCCUGAGGCUUGACCCCUUUGUGGACAAGGAGGGUCUGUUAAGAGUUGGGGGUCGCAUUCACUGUGCUGACAUCUCUGACCUAGAGAAGCAUCCCUUGAUAAUCCCUCCCAACCAUCAUGUGACUGGUCUUUUAAUUCAGCAUUAUCAUGAUCAAGUGGCUCAUCAAGGCCGGCAUUUUACUGAGGGUGCUAUACGUAGUGCUGGAUUGUGGAUAGUCAGUGGCAAAAGAUCUGUUUCAAAUAUCAUCCACAAAUGUGUGCUAUGCAAGAGACUGAGAGGUAAAGUAGAGAGUCAGAAGAUGUCGGCUUUGCCUUCAGAUAGAGUUUCUGUAGAUCCACCUUUCACCCACACAGGUCUUGAUGUUUUUGGACCAUUCACUGUGGUGACACGUAAGACAAGAGGGCAUAACGCUGAGAACAAGCGAUGGGCUGUCGUAUUCAGUUGCUUAAAUACCAGAGCAGUUCACUUAGAGGUAGUGGAGUCCCUAUCAGCGUCAAGCUUUAUUUGUGCUUUGCGUCGCUUUUUGGCUGUCAGAGGACCAGUGAAGCACUUUCGUUCUGACAGGGGGACAAAUUUCAUUGGAGCAGUCAAGGAACUUCAAAUAGACAGUAGCGGCUCAGAGUUGAAAGGCUUCUUGCAGAAUCAAGGUUGCACGUGGACCUUUAAUGCUCCACAUUCCUCCCAAAUGGGAGGAGUGUGGGAAAGAAUGAUCGGGAUUGCCAGACGUAUUCUGGAGGCUCUCUUGAUGAAAACUCCCACAAGACUCACGCAUGAGGUCUUAACAACUUUAAUGGCUGAAGUCAUGGCCAUUAAGAACUCCAGACCCUUAACCCCAAUCUCAACAGAUGCGGGCAUGCCCCAAGUGCUUUCACCAGCAAUGCUCUUAACUCAGAAGGCGAGUGUUGCUCCAGCCCCUCCAGGAAAUUUUGAGAUAGGUCACCUGCACAAAAAUCAGUGGCGUCAAGUCCAGAUGUUGGCUAAUUCAUUCUGGAAGCGAUGGAAGCAGGAGUACUUGUCCACCUUGCAACCCAGGAGAAAAUGGACAGAGGAGAGAAAGAGUAUUCAGGAAGGAGACCUUGUUCUGUUGAAGGAUGGAGAAGCUAAGCGCAGUGAGUGGCCAAUUGGUCUCAUAGCAAAGACCAUAGCCUCAUCUGAUGGAAAAAUUCGUAAGGUUAUGGUGAAGACUGCUAAGCAGGGGGUAUUCAGAGAGUACUUAAGACCUAUAUGUGAUGUUGUCUUACUUUUGUCAAAUAAUCGGAAUGCAUAGUGGUAUAACUCAAGUUAUACCAGGCGGGGAGUGUUCUGUUCAGUAUUAGUUUUUUCUUUAGUUCCAUUUUGAUUUGUAUAAGUAGUUCAGGUGUGACUCCUUGUGGUGAAAACCGUUAUUACAAUACUCAAUAAAACGAAACAGAAAGCAUUUAAAACAAUAGAAGAAGAGUCGUUUUUCUGUGAUCUGCAUUUUGGAUGCUGUCUAAUCCUUGGAGUAGAUACGACCGUAAGUUAUAAAUUUCAUAUUGAAAAUAACUGCAAUAAUGUUGUGUUAGUUUAAUUUAAAGCUGGUCAUUAUUAAGAUGUUUGUAAGUAGAUGUUUGAUUCUGAAAUAUAGCGUGACCUGACGGCUAAUAUGCUAAUAAGGUUGCAGAGUCACAUUUUUUCUUCAGAGACAUAAUUCGGUUGUCUAUUUUGUUGUUUAAUUCUGUAAACGGGAGCUUGUGAAUGUGAAAAUGUUCAUACUAUUUUGUAAAUCAUUUUGUAAUUUGUUUUUUUUUGUG